UCGUAUCAUAAUUUAUGAACCACAAUUUAGCAAGAAUUUAUAACGUUUCACAGUAGGUAGAUGAAUGUCGCGGUAGUUCGUUGAUGAUCGUAUCCAUAUCCCAGCUGAGACACGCAACUGGUGGCUGCUACUUGCUCAACAUCUGAGAUGUUUUUCUUGAGUUGGGGUCGCCCCUCUCCCCAAGACCAAAAAGCUUGCAUCAACAAGUCCGGUACUUUCAACUAUGAUGACAAAUAUAAAGGUGCUACUGUUAAAUCACUGUCUUCCCUUAAAGCAGACUUGGGGCUGUCCAAAGAUGGAUUUUUACUGAAUGAGGCACGAGUUCUGGUUGGUUCUGGUAUUGAGACUUUUGAAAAAGGCAAGAGUGCCCUCAAAAGUUGGAGGCAUUUUGGAUUGAAUUGGGCAUUUGUUGAUCCGAAAACACCAGUUCAACAAGGAGUGAAAUUCUGUGUUUGUGUCAAGGAGUUCUUUCCGUGGCUCACGAUGCCACUUCAGGUUGUGUACGUAAAUGAAACUCGAAAAGCCAAAAACCGCCGGGCCUCCUUUGCUUUCGGAAGUGGCACUCUUCAUGGUCACCUGCUGGCAGGGGAAGAGCGCUUUUCAGUGGAGAUAGAUGAGAACAAUCAGGUUUGUUGCAGGUGAUGGAGUCGGGGUCCACGGCUAUAGAAAAGAAAGUGUGGUUGUGCAUAUAUGUGUGAGUGUGCGUCGAGAGAAUGGAAGAAGGGUUCAUAAAAUGCAUAGGUUAGAUUUUAGUAGGUUUAGAAAUUUGAAUGGUUGAAGAGAAGAAGGAUGGGGGAGAGUUUAUUGGGUCAUGCAGUAUAGCAUAUGAAAGGGAAGAGUGAGAAAAGAAGAAAGUUGGAUAAUUGAAUGAUGUUAUGUUGUGGUUGGUGAGGGAGUUAUUGUUACGUGAACAUUAAUUGGGAGAAGAAAGAAGAUGAGAGAGUGCAUGGAAAGUCUACUUGAGGUGCAAGAUUGUGUGUGUUUAAAAAGGUUGUCUUUUUAUUUUGUUAGGAUGUAUGAUGUCUCUAGAGAGGUCUUAUUAGUAUAUAAAUUGUAGUGGUAAGUAAAAGGGGGUCUCAUAGGUGGGAAAAAGAGAAUUGGUACAUGCAGAUGUGUUUUUAUACUGUGUUAGUGGUGGAAAGAAAGUAUGGAAGCUGAACAGAUAUGAAAAAUCUAAACAUCCGUCCACGGAUGUGGGGAUGCGUUUCGUGUGGAAGUGAAAGGGUGUGGGGGUGCAUUCAUGUAGGGGACCAUUAAUAUUUUAUUAAAAAGUGAAUGGAUUUCGGUGAAAAUUAAUCUCAGUAAUAAUUAUUGAAGGGCAAAAGAGGAAUGGGGAGGUGGAGGGAGCAAGGAGUGGUGGUGGAGGGAGCAACACCCUAAAUAGAAUAAUAAAUAUGUUGUAAGGGUGGAUAAAAAUUAGAAGAAAAGAAAUGAAAAUAGAAUAAUCAAUAUGGUAUUGGCCUUGGGAACCUAUCUUAUUUGAAUGAGUGAGUGUAAAUAAAUAAUUAUUUUAAAAUUGUUAGGCUUAUUGAAAAAAAAAAAUU